AUGGCGCCGAAAGCUCGAGUCUUCAUUCAAAUUGGCCGGAGCCUCCCCCUGCCCGCAUUGGGCAUGCCGGGACCUAGAGCACCGCGCAGGAUUGAUUCGGCACUGGACACAGGCAGGUCUGAAGAGGGUGAUCCGUCCUUCAUCAAACUAAAGAAUCCUGCUACAGGAAGUUCUUCACUGUACCUGUUUGGUUGUGGCGAUUGCAGUGUUUAUGAAGUAAAAGCCUUUUCUGAAGACUUUCGGUCUUGGUUUAUUGGACAGACAUUGCAAAGAGAUGGUAGACUGCUGUAUGCGACUUCCGUUGAUCCUUUAUUUCUGCUGUUGCCAUACAUUAGCAGUACCGCCACUGAGGGAAAGUUCCAGCCGGUGGAGCAGAUGGUGAUGGAUGAGGAUUACCCUGAAUGCACAAGACUUCUGCUUUGCAAACAGGGAAUGGAUUCCCUUCAUCAUGUGGCAGAUGAGAAAGAGGUGGGUGGUUUAAAGUUUCACAGAUAUAACCAGGAGAAGACCUUGGAGUGGCUCAAGAAAAAGAUCCAACGCACAGUAAGCACACUCAAAAAGAGCAACAUAUCUGUGGGUGGAGGAGUGAAAUCCAGCACGUUUGUCAGAGUGAAACAGGAAGAUGCUACUGAAGAGGACUACUUACGUUAUGCACAUGGUCUCAUAUCAGAGUACAUCAGUGAAGACCUGAGCAAAGAUCUCCUCAAGCAUCUGCAGUUGCCAGAGAUAUCCAGCCCUAAAGAGACAGAGCCGCCUUCUAAGAAACGGAAACUGUCAGAUAAACCAGUAGAGGCCGGGGAAGACUACACCAAGUUCAACAGUGCUAAUUUUGCACAAAAACCACCAAAGAAGAUGACUGCUGCUCAGAAGAGUCUUGCCAAAGUAGACAAAUCUGGCAUGAAGUGCUUAUCUGCGUUCUUCAGCCCCAAAGUCAAACAAGAGAAGAGCUGAGUGAGUGUUUGUGUGAGUG